AAGGUCCCUCGGGCCCAUCACCAGGUCAGUGACAACAUCUCCUCCAAGGACACUGAGAUGAAAACAGAAGCACCAACCACGAGUCUUGGACAGACCCUGGAGUGGCUGAGAAAGGAGCUGGCUGAGAUGCAAGUGCAAGACCAGAGACUCCUGCUCACACUGAGGCAUCUUCACAGCAUCCUGGAGGAGCUGCGUACUGAAAGCGCCCACUGGGAGGAUGCCAGGUCCAGUGGAGGAACGUCCCCUAUCAGAGCUCGGGCAGGCUCUGAAACCAGGGGCCGCCCUCCCGUCUCUUCCAAGGGGCUCGCCCAGCUCAUCCAAGGGGAAGACAGCAGACGAAGCUCCCUCCCUUAG